CUUUCUUCUGCUCAGUUAGUUGCUCACCUGGCAACACUGCUUUCUGUAAUGGCGAAUAGAGCAAGAGCAUCUUCCGGAUCGCGUGUUUAAUUUUGAGUUACUAUUUAGCUAAUUCAUGUUAAUUAAUUAAUUGCCCCCAGAGUAGUUAUCUCUGCCUAGGACAUUUUCAAUAUCGUGUAUUAGCUGAAGUCAAGCCAUGUCGUCCGACAACAUAGAAAAACUGUAUCAAAAUUACGGUAUAUUGGCCGACGCCAAAGAAGACAUCUCCAAACAUGAAAAAGAGUACACCGAAAUUUUAGCCGCUGUGAAAGGUUCAGAUAAGGAGAAAAGAUUAGCGUCCCAAUUCAUUGCGAAAUUCUUUAACAGCUUUCCUAACCUCGCAGAGCAAGCGAUAGAAGCUCAAUUUGACCUCUGUGAAGACGACGAUGUGGCUAUACGUAAACAAGCCAUUAAAGAUUUGCCGACUCUUUGCAAAGACAAUAAAGAUCACACUCAAAGAAUUGCCGAUAUCUUGGCACAACUUCUUCAGUCCGAUGAUGCUACGGAGAUCAAUAUUGUCCAUAAUUCUUUGGUAACAAUUGUGAAGAGUGACCCUAAAGGUGCCUUAGUAGGUCUCUUUUCCCAAAUACACCAGAAUACUGAAGCGGAGGUGGUGAAUGAGAUUGUCCGAGAGAGAUGCAUCAAAUUUUUGGCCACAAAGGUCAAACAGCUUGGAAGGGAAAUUAUAAACAAAGAAGUUGAAGAAAUUAUUAUUACAGAAUGCAAGAAAAUACUUGAGGAUGUGGUGGCAGAAGAGUUUGAACACAUCAUGGAUCUCUUGACAUGGUCAAGGCUUGGUAAAACCCCAGCGGGCAAGAAGGAGCUGGUGCAAAUUGUGGCAGCAUUAGCUUUUUCCCCUGAUGAUUGGCACCCUGAAGAUACAGAACAUGUUGAAAGAAUCAUACAAUGUACUCAACAUGCAUUGCCACUGUUUUCACCUCAAGUGGAUUCCACACAGUUUGUGAACUUCUUCUGUGAUUAUGUGCUACCGAAGUGGAAAGAAAUAGCUUCACCGGAAGGAGGGUCUGACUACAAGCUGGAGCUAUUGAAGAUAUUUGCUGAAAUUACUGAACAUUGUGGAGAACUGGAGAAGCCACAGGAGAAGAUUGACACAGUUUAUGACUUGCUUAUUAACUAUUUACCUGAAGCUCCAGUUGAAGAAGAAAAUACAGAUAAAUCAGAAAGUUCCGCAGCUAAACCUGAAGACAGCAAGUCUACCCCGUCACUCCAGUUCUCUCAUGUGGAGUGCGCCUUGUUUGCCCUCCACUCUCUUUGCCGGAAAGCGCCAGAGGCACUCGGCGCUGAUGCAGCAAGGCUAAAGGCGUUUCGCUUGCGUCUACAAUAUACAGCACGCCUAACUCAAGGAUACAUCAAAAAAUUGAAGGAAGUUACUAAGGAGAAGAAGGGGGAUGACGCUAAUUCUGAAGAAAACAAGCUCAAGGUUGUAGCGUUGAAGACUACGUCCAACAUUAAUACAUUGAUCCGCGACAUAUUCAGGUCCCCGCCAAGUUUCAAGAGCAGAGUACAACUUUCAUUUUUGUCUAAAAAUACUGAAAAACAGGAGAAACAGUCGGAAACCCCGGCAGACAAACCAGACAAACAUUCACCACCCAAAAGACAUAGACCCAUUACGUUUGACAACGGUGAAGAAAAAUCUUCACCGGAAAAGCGGGCGCGCAGCGGCGACCGCAACCAAAAGAUGUACACGCCGCCCUCCGGCAAGUACAGCGCGCGCCUGCAGCGCGGCGCCGGCGCCGGCGCGCGCCCCCCGCCGCGCGGCCGCCGCGACCUGCGCGCGCCCUACCGCCGCCGCAGCCAGUACUGACGCCCGGGCUGCCCGCGCUGACCAAACAUUUACGUUUAACAUGCAACCCCCCCCUACCAAAAUGAAGAGACAAAUUCAAACUAUUCAUAAUUAAAUUUGAAAACGUAGGCAUCUGCGACGUACGUUCCUGACGAUUUUGGCAUAUAAUGAUUAAAAUUGCCGCGUAUGUUAUUCGAAAAAAAACUAAGGAUUUCUUGUGGCGCGUUUUCAGUUCACGCAUCUGUUCGUUUAAGAUGGUCUUCCUUUCUUUGUAGUUGGCAGACUUCUCUGCAGUGGCCGGGUGGCGAUGCCGAGUUGGAGACGCGGCGACCGAGAGCUGUUCGUUGUUACAGGUGCAUCGAGGUGUCCGGCAGGUCUUGUCUUUCAUUUUGUAAUGUUGUUUCAGUUCUGCUCGUACAUUUUGGAGAGCGGUCAACAAUCAGGAUGGUAUGUAAUUAAAGUUCUUUAACUUUCAUAAUGAUUAUUAGAUCUUCCCGAUAUUUAUCUUAGAAAGCUCCCGUGGAGAGUAUUAGAGUCAUGGUGGCAACUGUAUCUAUGUAAGUAUUAUUUAAAUAUGCACACUUACAUAUAUAAGCUCUGCUGGUGGUAUUCAGCAUUCGCACAGAAUCGUAAGUACGUAACAUAGUUUCAUUCAUAUUUUGAAUAUCAGUUGGAAUUUUACUGAAUUUAUUGUGUAGUUCAAAAUUAAAAUCAGUAUAUAAAAUAAUCGACGCUUAUAUUACCUCUAAAGAUACCUACAUAGGCUAUAAAGGUUCUACAGUAAAAUUGUAUGUAGGUCCAUACAAAUAAUGAUGAUGAAUCACCUAUAGAGGUAUAGGCGUUUAUCAGUACGCUUGUCUAGAAAGUGCCAGCGCUGUACAGCAUUUAAUAUGACGAUAAGACUUAAAGAAGUAUGGACUGCUCAUUAUAAAUUAACGAAGAAAAGUGUAGUCAAAUUCCAACUCAAACCUAGUCUAAACUGUUUUCCUUAGUUUUAGAACUCUAUAAUGAUUAAGCGACGGUGCCCGCUGCAUUUUUGGGAGAACUUCUUUUGGGAAAAAGAAGUAUGGCUCUUUAGGUGAUUUAAUUCAAAAUAAAAAUAUACUUUUAA